AUCAGGUGUGUCUUCCUGGGGAGGGCAAAGAAAUGAGCUAAGGACUAAGGUAUUGGGGCUCAGCCCUGAGCGCCGCCCGUGACUCAGCCCUGCCCUGCCGCCAACCACUUCCUUCCUCAGUUUUCUGUACAAUGGGGAUACACCACACACAGCAUUUUGGAAUAUAGGUUUUGUAAUAUCUGCCAGCGGAGUCCCCAACAAACCCUACAAUUAAUAAAGCCCCGUAACUCUUGCUUUCUGCCUCCUUCUGGAGCUGUGCCGCCCGGUGGAAACACUGGUCCCAUUAGCUCUCAACGACUUGAGGAGAACCUUCCACAACCAGCUGUUAACCUCAGUCGGCAUUUCCGCGGCGAUGAAGAAGAGAAGAAAAUAGCACCCAGCAAUGGGGUCAGAAGCUCCGGGAGGACGUUCGUCGCCUCUCUGAACCACAGUUUUCCCUCGGUGUAAAACGGGGCACAGAAUCAGAGGCUUGUUCCAAGGGUUACGUGAAAUAAUGGGUACAUUCAAUGCCUUUUCCGAAGAGGCAGUUGCUUCUUGAGAAUGGGACCCUGUCCCCUUCCCCACCUCCUGUGACCGGGCCAGUGGCCACCGUGUCUCCGGGGAUGCCUGUGAACCACCAGCAGUCAGACUCAUCGGAGAUGGACUCGGAUGUGUCCCCCAGCUGCGGGCUCAGCGACCUGAGCAGAGGGGGCAGCUUGGACAGUCGAAGCAGCAGCUCCCGCUCCAGGAGUUUGACUUUGGAUGAUGAGAGCCUGAAGUACCUGACCCAUGAGGAAAAGGAUGUCAUCCUGUUUUUUGAAGAGACCAUUGAUUCCCUGGAAGAAGACUUUGAAGAGCAAGUCCUAUGUGACGGCCACUCUCUGGGGUCUCUUGGAGAGUAUGCUUCCGGUCACGAGCCAGGAGAGGUCAUUGAUUUAGUGCAGCCAGCUCCGGAGGCAGGGGAACCGGAGUGCCUCCCGGCUGGGACGGACACGGCAGGGGCUGGCCCUGUCGGGAAGGAAGACAUUCCUGUCCUUGAAGGCAGGAACCCAGAAGCCGGGGGUCCAUCCUCGCCAGACUCCGCAGGUCCACAGACCCCUCCUGUGCUACCCUCCCAGCCUGUGGCCGCAGCGGCAGCGCCCCCCAGGAAAGAGCUGCCUGCCCCUGCGCCCCCCACAGAGCACCCCAAACUACCCCGCUCUGUUCCCACCCCACUGGUAAUCGCUCAGAAAAUGUCCGAGAAGUUGGCUGGAAAUGAAGCGCUUUCACCCGCGUCCCCCUCCAAGGAGGGCAAGCCUGGGGACUGGAGGACACUGCCUUCGGGGGCCCCUCGGAACGGGGACCCCUUCCUGGGGCACAGACACAUGGCCCAGCCUGCGCCCAAGAUCCACCGCUUCCCGAGCAACAUCAGCGUGACCAACAGCGCGGGGAAGGAGUUCAACAAGACCAUCUCCAAAGCAGCUGUCAAUGUGCAGGAGCGGAAGGCCCGGGUCUUGGCCAACAUCAAUGGCAUCUCUUUCCUGGCUGCCGGGGAAGCGGAAGACCGGGCCCCCAGGGCUGAUGUCACCGAGCAGACGACGCGUGGCCAGAGCAAGCCAUGCCCCGUCCACGAAACCACGUCCACACGGGCUGGCGGCCACGCCGGCACUCAGCAGCAGUCCAGAGGCGUGCAGACAGAACAGUGCCUGCCAUUGCCCAACGGCUUCCAGAGCAUCCACGACGUCCUGAAGAGUGAGCCCAGUGCCUUCGUCGUCUCCACGGGAAAAACUGUCACCUUCCGUCCAGACCCGGCGCUUGCCGGCAAACUUGCCCGCCAGAAUGCCAGCAGGAGCUUUUACGAGCACCGGCAGCCAGACUGCGGCCAGGAUGCCAGGAAGCGGUCGGGUUCGCUGCCCAGGGCUGUUGGGUUCAGGCCCCAGGGCAUCACCGUCCAGUUCUCUGGCCGCGGGUCUACGGAGGAGGCCCGCCGGGAGGCCCUGCGCAAGCUCGGCCUUCUGAAGGAGAACUUGUGAUGGAGGAUGGGGGGUGCGGUGCUGGAGAGGCACGAUGGCCAGGCCCGUGAGGCCUAACACGGUGUGCCCGCCUGAGGAGCAGUGGCCAUGGUCCCAGGACUGUGCCCUGAGGAGGAUGACAGAUGACAGGUGCCAGGACUCUGCGGGCCGGGCGGAGGGAGUGGGGACAGGAAGGGCCACCUGACUCCGCUGCUACAUCCGAGCAGGGCUGUCCUUCUGGGAGAGUAUGGCCCUGUAUCUUGUCUUCCUUUUUCCAGGCGCUCAGAGAAGAACCCCGAAAACCCUAAAUGCCAUAUCUCUUUUUUUUUUGGAUUUAGAAGGAGGGGGAUUGGGUCUGAUUUGUUAUUCUUCCAUCUCUCAUCUAGACUUUUACCCCAAGGACAUGUGACACCCAAGCCAGGUUAGAUCUCUUACACUCAAUUAUCCAUGAAAGGGAUUUUCUCUUCCUUUUCUGUUUCCUAAAACAGAAAUGCCUGUUCAAUUUUCAUAACAUCUCAAAGCAUCUCCUUUGGUUUUUCGGUUUGUUUUUCAGGGGUAAAGGUUGGUGUGUUAACCCUAGAUGUGUCUUUGUUUCUGGAUAUGAUUUGGUUUGCCCAUUUGUGUUUUUUUUUUUUUAAUUGAAAAUUGAACCCUUCAGAGUAUGAUUUACUGUAAUUUUGCGUUACAGGAGUGGAAUGGAAAGGUUGGAUUUGGAAAAGGUGGUAGUUUUCAGAAAGCAAGUCCCAUCAGACUGCGGGGGCUUUGUCACUGGGAGAUACGUGGUGAAUGUGUAUGGUGUGUAUAUUUUUACAUAAGGUGUGUUUAUAGAAACGUGUUCACACGCACAUGCAUUCGUGAGUCCAUAUCUGCAAACUUCUGAAGACGCUAUAAGUGACUACAGGAUGCAAGCCCUUCCCACUCUCUUGACGGAUGCGACCAUACCAGCUGCGACGGGACAGAGAUUGGAACCUCUAAGGGCACAUCUCCAUUGUCUCCACAAUCACCCAUGUGUCACUCUGUACCCAAGGAAGGUAAUAUUCCAAGUAGGCUUCCAGAGAAGCAAAAUAGUUCCUUCUGAUUUCAAUUUAUCACCCAAUUCUGGUUGUGCAUGUUGCAAGGUAGCUAGGGUAAACAGAAGGAAAUAAAAACAUUCUUGAGAUCUCUCAUGUUCUGUGAGUAAGAUCUCAGGAUUAGCUUUAAAGGGGAAAAAAAAAACCCCAGCAAACUAGGUUCCACAGUCGGAGAAGAACUGCUUUUCUCCCAGACUGUGUGUUACAUGCUGAGUUGUAGCCACAAGCAUUAUUAUUAAAACUAUUUAAGGCUGGAGUCUUAAGCCUCUAAAAAUAGACUGGGAAGGGCCCCAGUUGCAAGUCACGCCCUUCUGUUAUUAUAUCUCAGCCAGUGUCACAGUCUCGGUUUCCUCCUGUUGAGUAUUAUUUAAAUUAAAACUUUUAAAUGUGCCGUAAAGCACGUCUUUCAUAGUAUUCAAUUUGCCUUGUAAGUUCCAUAAAAUGAUGGUCAUUUUCUUCCUUAGAACUAUGGUAUUUAGUGUCUCAUCCAGCCCGUGUCUUCCUGAAAUAAUCUUAUAGAUUCUCGAUGGUCUUAAUUUAAAUAGGUGCUUUGAUUUUACAGGUUUUUAAAAUAGUUUUUAUUGUGCUCCUAUUUGUAUUCGAUUUUGUUUGAAGAAUUCUUGAGGGCUGUAUUACCUUUCACAAAAUGAGAUGCCAUACACAGUGUUUAAAGAUAGAGGGUCUUGAUAUGGCUAACAUUUUAAAUAUCCUUUAAAUAUGAGAAUUAUCUGUAUCCUGUGACUUCACUGUGAUUAAGGUCAACGUGACUAUAUAUUAGUAUAUUUGUUCUCACAAUGACGUUUUUGAAAAAUAAAUUUGGAGAUUUAUCUUAAGUAUAAA